AUACCACCGUAUCAUUAUUACUGUACUGUUAAUAUUGAUAAUACUAUCAUCAUCAUUAUUAUACCUGUUGUCAUUGCCAUCAUGACUUAUCCCAAAGACCGGCGAGCCAUUCAGUGCAAUAGAUUCCCCCCCCAAAAAAAAAAAAAAAUCCCAGCCGGCGCAAAAUUUUCGAAUAAUUGCAUCCGUCGGCCGCAUGCAUCGCCGUUGCAUCGAGCGCGUGAAUAUUGAUAAACUACGAGCAUGGGAUCGAAGGUCGGCAGGCAGCCUGAAGAUGUUCAGUUGCAACGAAAAUCCGCGGCGGACUUGUGGCAGCGUGCAACAGGUGAGAGACACGGUCGCCCGACGGGAGAAAAAUUCACCCUCCGACAUCAGACUCCCCUUCGCUAAAUGUGGUUUAGCUGCUGUGAUUUUUUUUUUCUUUUCGUUCUGGUUCGCCUUUUCUUAUUUUGUGUUUGAUUUUCCGCUGCAUUUGGCGGUCUAUGUUGGGGACACGCUUGGAGAUUUUUGUGCGUUUGUCGGUAAGGAUCGGCUCCGCAUGACCGUUUUCGCUGUUUUGAUCAAUGUAUUGAUAAGUGGGUCGUGCGUCUGGCAGCUGGUGGGUGCCUCGUCUACCUGGUCCCGCUCCAGGGCAGGCUGUCGUACCGCAGACGGUCAAGGGUGGAGGGAGUUGGCAGGUCUGUGGUGAGGGGAGAGGACCGUGGCAGUCUCCGGCCUACCGUCGCUUUUGUUUUAAUAGGAUUUUUUAUCCUCCCUUGGUGCGAUUUUUAACAGCAACAGGUAUCUCUUUAUCUAAAGAUGAUGAACAAAAGUGCGAGACUAAGGAAAUCCAUUUCAUAAGUGAGGGAGAUAAGAAGAAGAAUUAAGGGCUGUAAAUAGUGUAUUGUAAAAGCAACUGAAGAAGAAGAAAAAAAUAAGAAAAAAAAUAAAAAUAGAUAAAUAAAUAAAUAAAGUACGUCGAAUACGACACGAAAAUGAUCCAAAACUGACCAAACAAGAGUAAAAAAAAAAGACACAAAUAAAUAAACAAAGAAAAUAACAACAACAAAAAAACAAACAAACAACAAACAGAAAAAAACACAUAAAAAAAAAUUAUCAACCCCCCUCCCUCCCAAUAAACACCCCCCCCCCAAAAAAAAAAAAAAACGAAAAACGAAAAACGACUCUCAAAUUCGAAUCUAUGAAAAGAAGUAAGGAAAAAAAUGUUCUGAAGACUCGAAAGAGCGUCGAGGAAGAUGAAGUGCCCAAGCGAAAUGACAAGUGCAAGAGAGACAGGGAGAGCGAAAAGGGCACGCCCAGUACCAUGAAAGAGAGUAAGCUGGUGAUCCUCGGGGCGGGGGGCGUCGGGAAGACCUCCUUGGUGCUUCAGUUCCUCCAGGGCUUCUUCUCGACGACUUACAAGCCCACGGUGGAGGAUUGCUACAGCCACACCCUGCAGCUGCCUAACGGUCUCUUCCACGCCCUGGAGAUCCUGGACACGGCCGGCUCGCACCAUUUCCCGGCCAUGCGAGAGCUCUCCAUCCGCUCCGGCCGCGCCUUCGUCAUAGUGUUCGCCGUCAACAACGAACAGAGCUUCUACGAGGCUCAGUCGCUCUGGAACCUCAUCACCAAAAUAAAAGGUAGCGACGGCGCCCCCGUGGUCGUGGUGGGGAACAAGGUCGACCUCGACAGAGAGCGAGUCGUGAGCUUCCAGAGGGCACAGGACUGGGUUGACACAGACAUGAGCAACGCCUCCUACCUUGAGACGUCAGCCAAGUAUAAUAUCAACGUGGGAGAGCUUUUCAAGCAGUUGCUGAUAAGGACCUAUGGAUUAGCUAAUAACGAGAUGGCCCCCACCGGAGCUCGAGGACGCCUCAAGUCGUUGGGGAACAUCAUGGAGGUCGUCCGCAGGAGGUCGUUCAGCCUCGCCCAAGCCGCCUCCUGCAGCGCCAUCCCCGACCACCCGGACAUACGAGACCAGAAGUGCGCUAUUCUGUAACCUGUAACAAGUGUGACCUGUAAUUAAGAAGGAGUGACUUGAAGAGGAUCUGGAGGGUGACGUAUGGACCUGGGGGUGGGUUUGAGAGGGAGUGUAACCUGUAAUUAGGUGAAGAAUGAGGGAUAACAGAGGGUGACCUGUAAAGGAGAACCUGAAGGAGACCUGUAAAGGCAAGUAGGUAAUUUUCCUAUAAGGUGACAUAAACAAAUAUCUAAGAUCGUGACCUGUAAGAGUAAUGUAUGUGAAAGCAUUGAUUGGUGACCUGUAAUAGGGGGGGGGGAGGAGUGUUGAAGCAUUUCGGGAAAUUUAAUGAAGACCUGGAAAUGUAAAAGGAGACCUGCACACUCAAUGACGUCACAUGAAUGAGUUAUAACAUUUAAAGAUCUUUUUGUUAAUGUUACUAUG